AAAAUUUUCCUAAUAGUUGGUCGACUGUCAAACCAGCAAAGUAAGAAAAAUUACAAUUUUUGGUAUCAAUUUUAAAGAAAACAAAUUAAUUAAGUUACACUCUAUUAUUAAAAGUUUAUUAGACAGAAAGUUCGCCGUGUAUGAUAUAAAAGUGAACCACAUAUAUGCAAAAUUAAUCUGCUGACUAUAUAUUUAUGGUUUUGCACUAGCGUCAGGAGAGAGGGGUGCAAAAGCGCCAGCGCUAAAACCGCAUUCAGUAAAAUACUAAAAAAUAUUCAGUAGAAAAUAACAAUAUUUUUGUUUUGUUAUAAAAUCGGCAAUUAAAUGAAGAAUGGCUACUACACAGCAGUACUCGCUACGUUGGAACAAUUAUUUUCGACAUUUGACAUAUGCUUUGGACAAUCACCGCAACAACGAUGAUUUUGUUGACGUGAGUUUAUGCUGUGAUGGACGUAAAAUCAAGGCACAUAAAGUGGUGCUAUCCUCCUGUAGCUCCUAUUUCAAAGAAAUAUUCAGGGACAACCCGCACCCGCAUCCAGUAAUAAUUUUUAAAUUUAUUAAAUUCGAAGAUCUCACCUCAAUAAUUGAGUUUAUGUAUCAGGGGGAAGUGAAUGUACAACAGGAAGCAUUGCAAUCAUUUCUUCAAACCGCCGAAUUACUUGCUGUGCAAGGUCUUACCGCAGAGGAGAAGGAGAAACCAAAAUUGCCUCCGACGCCGAUUAUUGAUGAACAAAAACUUAUUAAAACCAUCCCCAGUACUAUUAGAGCCGUGAAUGACGUAACGACUGCAACACAGACUACACCGCAAACAAUCGAAAUACCAACGGCAACUAUUUUGCAGCAAACGCAGCCACAGCAACAUACCGCUACACAGCAUCAUCAUGUACAAACACAAAUCCAGCAUAUUCAAGUGCAACAUCAACCGCAACCCCAUGUGCAAACCGUGCAAACUCAGGUGCAGCAACAGCAAACAACAACACAUCAGCUGCAACAUCAUCAGCAGCAACAAUUGCAACAAACUCAUUUAGGUGCACUGCCUUCAACGAAUACGAUAAAGAAACGUAAAAUGACUUUCUCAGAUGAUGAUGAUAACAUAUACACCACAGAAGGCGUUGAUUACGGUGUCAAGGAUGAUUCUUCGAUAGUCAAAACUGCGGAAAUGACAUUCCUACGAGGUACUGUAAAAAUGGAUAUACCCGAAUACAUAGUUGGCGAAGUUGAUGAUAGUGAACAGUUGACUGACGGAAGUGCGCAGCAUACAUCACAAGACGGUGGCACGACGGGCACUCAAAAUGUCACACAGUACACAUCUGAAUAUGAAAUUCUGACAGAAUCAGAAAUUGAGGAAAAAUUUCAUCAAGCUGAUGCAGAAAACGCAGAAAUAACAAUCGAAAUGGGGCGUCUUUUAAAUCCAACAACGAGUACACCAUCAACAACAACACCUCAUACAACGUUAGAUGAAUCAGGUGGCAGUGUCACUAAUGCUGUAGUAAAAAUUGAUAAUAAAGGUGGCGCAUCGGCAGAUUUGCCAAAUAAUAAGUGGACAGAAUGUCAAUUUUGCAAAAUGGUCAUAACCACGGUUAAUCUUUGGAGACAUAUUCGUACGCAACAUACGCCUCAACCGCCCCGUAAAUGCGAGCUAUGCAACAAAAAUUUCAAAAACAAAUACAGUCUACGCGAGCACAUACGAAUUUCGCACGAACAAAAAAUCACAGUGAAGUCAGAAAAUUGAUUGACAAUAUUUCAUUUGCGUCGUUAAAUUACCACACAUGUUAUUUCAUAAAUGAGUAACUUAGAAAAUAACGUAAAUAAAGGUAGAGCUCAGCAGCAAAUUCCAAGCUCAUUAUGAAAAUCGUUAUUAACUGCAAUCAAGAAAGGCAACUAUAAACUACGAUGUUAAUUUAUAAUAAUACCAGUGAGCAAAGCACAUAAAUACGUCCAAAAAUAUGAAUAAAGUAAUGGAACUACCAAAAUGAAAUUUAAAUGAAAAAUGCUAGAGAUUUAACCUAAAAAGUGCAAAGUAGAUUUAUUUUAAUUAAGCCAGUGUAUUCCCAUAUCCAAUUAUUAGUUGCGCGUUUAAUUUAAUAAGCAAUGGUCGAUUGAUUUUGUUAAUGAUUUUCUUAAUUUUUUUUUUAAUAUAAUACAUUAACGAAUGGUGUGCUGCGCUAACCCUAAUUAUUAUUAAACACAAACAAUUGUACAUUUUUUUAAACAAAUACGUUUACAAUCGCUUCCUCUUCUGCUUCAUUUAAACAAAUAACUCUUUAAACAAAUAUUAAUAUUUUAUAAUUUCAAAUAUUUAAAGGCACAUUUUUUCAUCAUGAAAACUCCGAGAAGAUAAUAAUGGUUCAUUUUUAAUGUUAGAGCUCGGUUAUUGUCUACUGUCAGGCACAAAUCUCUCUAUUCAUAAUAUCUGCUUAUUUUCUAAUUCAUUCGAAAAAUCCUAGCAAAUACGUAUUUCGGCUAAAACUGAUAACAAUAAAGACACAAAAAAAUGAAGUGAGGUAGAUGUGUAUAUCGAUGUAUAAAUUUAAUAAAUAUCUAUCAUGUUUCAGUAAUUGAAUACAGAUGUAUGUAUAAAGGAUAUGUAUUACAAUUUUUAUAGGAUAUUUAGCGUAAAUUAAAACUAAAUCAGAUUGGUAUACAUACAUAAUUAUAUAAUGUAGAUGUAGAUUUACUUAUAACUUAAAAGUGUAUUGCGGACGAGAGGAAUUAAUUAAUUUGAAAUAUUUGCAGAAAUUAAUAUUUUUUGCCGAUAAACUAUAUAUAUUAGGGUAAUAUGUAGAAUAAAUUCCAAAAUUGAAAUUUAAAAACUGUACAAAAAAUACCUGUAUUAAAAUUUGAAGAAAUGAGAAAAUUAAAAAUAGCGUGGAAUAUUUAAAUACAGUUUUGGCUACCGGAAAAUUUAGCUAUAAAAAAGUAAGAAAUUAGAAAAUUUCCAUAUCUCGAGUCGAUAAGUAACACUUAUCAUAAUAGUACAAUUUGCGGACAAAAAAAAAAUAAGUAUUUUGUAUAAAAUAACAUGAAUCAAAAUUCACAUUUAAAUGUUUCAUAUUUUGUGUUUUCUUGACAGCCCACCCUAAUUCUGUCAAACACAUAAUUUUCUUUAAAAAAAAUAGUUGCAAUUUCUGGGAUUUAUGAUAUUAUCAAGAAUAUUUUUAUAACACAUCUCGAUUAUUAAGACACAUUUAAAUCAUGAGGAAAUUAUUAAAACCUAUAAAAUUUAUAAAAAUAAUUAAAACAUGAAAUUCAAGCAAAAACUUAAAACACACAUAUAUAAAUAAAAGUAAUUGUAAUAUACUAUAUACUGAAUAUAUUGUAUGUAUGUAAUAUUUAUAAGCAGGAUAGACUUUUAUUAUAAUUUUCAAAAAUAUAAAUGAAUGUCGAAAAAAUA